CAUCACCAUCGAAAGGCAAGAAUCAACUUGAAGAGCAGGGAGCAGCUGGAAACAAAGCAGAAGUUUAUUAGAAAGGACAGAUCCAGUUGAGCAUACUGUGAAGAGAAUGACGAGGCAUCGAUCUGCGAUGGAGUUACCAGCGAAGUUGCUGAGUUUCAUGUUCUUAUCGGCGAUAUGUUUACCUUCGGUGCUGGGAGGUCGUUCGUUCCUUCAAUCGCUGCCGCCUCUGCCAUCUCUUCCAUCGCUGCCUCCUCUCCCAACUCUUUCCAUUCAUCUUCCUUCGUUGCCUCCUCUUCCAACUCAUCUCCCGACGCUGCCGCCUCUGCCCACUCUUCCUCCUGCUCAUCUCCCGACGCUGCCGCCUCUGCCCACUCUUCCUCCUACUCAUCUUCCAACGCUGCCACCUCUCCCAGCCCAUCUUCCGAGCCUUCCUCCUCUUCCCACUGUUCUUUCUCAUCUCCCAAAGCCUCCUCCGUUCCCCCAUGUUCCUUCCCAUGGCUCAGCGCCAUCUCCUUCUCAUUCGAUAUCCCCUUCUGCUCCUGACUCUAAAGCACCGUCUCCAGCUCAUUCAUCUUGAUUUGAGUCGAGCUUCAGCCGUUCGACUCUUGGCAGGGUCAGACAAUAUUGAGACUCAUCGCUCACCUUCCGGCAACGGUCAACCGGUGAUCCUCCCUACCUUCUGAUUUUACACGAACAAAUUCUAUUUGAUAACUUCUCGCCGCGAUCUUGGUCAAUCUCGUCUGCCGUGGAUUGCUUUCUUCGAAUAGGAAGUCUCAGCCGUCUCCAACAAUCGAUGUUUCUCUGGAAGGACUCUGGGCAUUUUAUUCAUGUGAUGAUAUAUUUCCGACUUCUGUACGUGUAUGGGCACUGCACUGAUUACUGGUCGCGUAAGGCAUGCAGCAUGCAGUGAAUUCGAAGCUGGCUGUACAUCGUGCGAACACUCGAGUCGCAGAAUGUACAUCCUGCGCUUUGCUUUCUCUUCUUAUGGACCUGAUCAGAGGCAAGCUUCACAUAAUCUCCAACAAACACUGCCGCAUCAUGUGCCUGCAUAAGUCCAAUAAAUCUAAGGGCAAAGUGAAGCAGCAAAUUAUCUGCAAAAGAAUACCAACUGUACGGUACCAUUGUUUUUUUAAUAAAAAAAUAAAGACCACAUUGUACUUUGC